UAUCCCAACGCUUGUUGCCAGCCACAGAUCACUUCCGUACCCUUAUCCUUCGAAAGCUUGUCACUAUAAUCCAGUACCUCACCAACAUGCUUCCUGCUCAGACACCGCAGGUCGACCACAGCCGAGUUCCCGCUCUGGCUACCGCCGAGGGUCACGUCCUAACGAAUGGGUUGUUCCAAUGCACGGCCACACGUGCUCCCCAUGGUGUCUCCAACGCCAGCAAAACAUGUGGAAGUACCAUGGAGAAUAACAAAAAGAACAUCCGCUCUCACCUUAAUAAGCUUCACACCCACGACUCAUCAUACGCCAAAUCUCAGGCAGGCUUCGCAAAAGCCAACCACCUUGAACAGUUUGUCUGCGAUCGCCCCCGACUUGAUGGCUCGGGCUGGUGUACCCGCACGCGGUGGGGUCAACAUUCACUUGUCGCACACGCUCGGGAAGAGCACAAGUUCAGAGGCAAGUCGGAGUCGCUCUCCACGCCUUGGGCAGCUCUCAGCGAUAAGCAGCGUACCUACUAUCUCGAGAGAGUCGAACUUGAGAAGCGUCGCCUGCAGAAUGAUGGUGUCUACACCCUGGCAGAUGAAGAGCUCAGUAAGCAGUUUAAAGAGGAGAAGUUCCCUGAGGCUUGAUCGGUCAUUAGGAAACACAUAGUGGAGAGAGGCCACACAACAAAGAUUAUAAUUCGGGUAUGGCCAAUUCACUUUAGGUGUAAUUGAGAAAGAGGAAAACAGGAAGAUUACGAAGUACGAUGAAGGUUAACGCGUACGAUAAAACGAGCGUAGUACUAUAUAAUAGCUCGCUCACUCAUAGUAAAUACACAACACUCAAAAGCAGCUUCUAAUCCGCCUUCUCUAUCCUGUUCACGACUG